UCUUCCAAAUCCUUCCCCAUGGUUGAUAUCAUCCCACCAUCUCGCCGGCACCGUCUACAUGACAUCAUAUUAUCCCUACCCAAUUUCAUUUCCACCCACAAAAUCCUCAUCUCCAUCCUUUGGAUCAUCGGAUUCACCUCCAUCUUCAUCUGGCAACAAAACAACGCACAUGGGUUUCUCAAUUUCCGGCCGGCGAAUCAAAGGGAGAUACCAAAUCUCCGACCAGUAGUCUUCAACUUGACAGACUUCGGCGGGAUUGGCGAUGGUGUAAAGGUAAAUACAGAGGCUUUUGAGAUGGCGGUUCAUGCUAUUUCAAAGUUGGUUAAAAAUGGCGGCGGACAGCUUAAUGUUAUGGCUGGAGUUUGGGUGACGGCGCCGUUUAAUAUGACUAGUCAUAUGACUUUGUUCUUAGCUGAAGGUGCUGUGAUUCUUGGAAUUGAUGAUGAGAAACAAUGGCCUUUGAUGCCUCCUUUGCCUUCUUAUGGAAUGGGGAGAGAUCAUUCUGGUCCUAGGUUUGGAAGUUUGAUUCAUGGUCAGAAUCUCAAAGAUGUAGUCAUUACAGGGUAUAACGGUAGUAUUAAUGGAAAUGGACAAACAUGGUGGAAGAAGUAUCGUCGGAGAGCUCUAAACAACACGAGAGGGUCUCUCGUGCAAUUUAUGUGGUCUAGCGGUAUUAUCAUAUCUAAUAUUACUUUACGCGACUCUCCAUUUUGGACGCUUCAUCCUUAUGAUUGUAUAAACGUAACGAUUAAAAAUGUCACAAUCUUGGCUCCUAUCUUCGAAGCUCCAAACAUUAAUGGAAUAGAUCCAGAUUCAUGUGAAGAUGUCGUUAUUGAGGAUUGUUACAUUAGUGUUGGAGAUGACGGUAUCGCUAUAAAAAGUGGAUGGGAUCGGUUUGGCAUCGCGUAUGGACGUCCUUCCAAGAAUAUUCUCAUAAGAAACCUUGUGGUGAGUUCUAUGAGGAGUGCGGGUGUGUCAAUAGGAAGUGAAAUGUCGGGAGGAGUCUCAAACGUAACAAUCGAAAACGUACUAGUUUGGAGCUCAAGACGAGGAGUUCGGAUAAAAACAACCCCCGGUAGAGGGGGUUACAUUCGAAAAAUAGUUUAUAGAAAUCUUACAUUCGAGAAUGUUCGUGUGGGAAUUCAUAUAAAGGCGGAGUAUAACGAGCACCCGGAGGAAAAUUAUGACCGGAAGGCAUUCCCAAUUAUCGAGGACAUUACUUAUACGUCGGUCCAUGGGAAAGGAGUUCGAGUUCCCAUUCGGAUCCAUGGGGCGGAGAAUAUCCCAAUCAAGAACGUGACUUUUCGCGAUAUUUCGAUUGAGUCAACUCCCCACAAGAGGAAUCAUACAUUUCAAUGUGGAUAUGUUAGAGGAAAAGUUAUAGGAAUUGUGUUUCCACGGCCUUGCGAGAACCUUGAUUUGUAUGACGAGCAAAAUCGGCUCGUUAAGAUCUCUGAAUCCGAGGAUGUAACCGAUAUAGAUUAUGAUUUGUGAAUUAAUAAAACCA